AUGGAGGUCAGAGGGGUGCUCGCUCUGCGGAGAAGGCAAGUACUAAUUUUCUUUGUUUUGCUGGGAAUGUCUCAGGCGAGUACUGAAUCUGCGCGCUAUUUUGUGGCAGAGGAAACAGAAAUUGGCUCUUUUGUGGCUAAUCUGGCAGGAGACCUGGGGCUGGGAGUAGAGGAGCUGUCCUCACGGGAGGCUCGGGUAGUGUCUGAUGAAGGAAAACAUUUGCACCUUGAUUUACUAAAGGGGGAUUUGCUCCUAAAUGAGAAACUGGACCGAGAACAACUGUGCGGCUCCACCGAGCCGUGUGUGCUGCAUUUUCAGGUUGUAUUGGAAAACCCUUUACAGUUUUUUCGGGCUGAACUGCUUGUCAAAGAUAUAAAUGACCAUUCCCCUACAUUCCUAGACGAAGAAAUGCUUAUUAAAAUAUCAGAAAGUACCACGAUCGGAACCACAUUCCUAAUGGAGAGUGCUCAAGAUUUGGACGUAGGAAGCAACAGUCUCCAAAACUACACAAUUAGCCUCAAUUCUCAUUUCUGCAUUAAAAUUCGAGACAGCAGUGAUGGAAAAAUAUACCCAGAACUCGUCUUGGAAAGAGCAUUAGAUCACGAGGAGCAUUCUGAGCUCAGGUUAACACUCACAGCACUGGAUGGUGGAUCCCCACCUAGGUCUGGGACAACUUUAGUUCUCAUCAAGGUCUUGGACAUCAAUGAUAAUGCCCCAGAGUUUGCUCAGAGUUUCUAUGAGGUUCAGGUCCUAGAGGAUACACCCCUUGACUCCUGGAUUAUCACCAUCUCUGCUAAGGAUCUGGAUGCAGGAAAUUAUGGGAAAAUAUCUUACACAUUUUUCCACGCAUCAGAAGAUAUUCGUAAAACAUUUGAAAUCAGUCCAGUAUCUGGGGAAGUUAUUUUGAGAUCACAUCUGGAUUUUGAAGUAAUACAGUCCUACAGUAUAAAUAUUCAGGCAACAGAUGGUGGAGGUCUUUCAGAAAAAUGCAUCCUUCUAAUUAAAGUAAUAGACAUAAACGACAACCCACCAGAAGUGACCAUGUCGUCAAUUACAAAGACAAUUCCAGAGAACGCCUCAGAGACCCUAGUCGCUCUCUUUAGUGUUCGAGACCAAGACUCUGGGGACAAUGGGAGGACUGUUUGCUCUAUUCGAGAUGAUCUCCCUUUUAUCCUGAAACCGACCUUCAAGAAUUUUUUCACUCUAGUUUCUGAAAAAGCACUGGAUAGAGAGAGCAGAGCCGAGUACAACAUCACCAUCACCGUCACCGACUUGGGGACGCCCAGGCUCAAAACCGAGCACAGCAUAACCGUGCAGGUCUCCGACGUCAACGACAACGCCCCUGCCUUCACACAAAGCUCCUACACCCUGUUCGUCCGCGAGAACAACAGCCCCGCCCUGCACAUCGGCAGCGUCAGCGCCACAGACAGAGACUCGGGCACCAACGCCCAGGUCACCUACUCGCUGCUGCCGACCCACGACCCGCACCUGGCCCUCGCCUCCCUGGUGUCCAUCAACGCGGACAGCGGACACCUGUUCGCCCUGCGGUCGCUGGACUACGAGGCCCUGCGGGCGUUCGAGUUCCGCGUGGGCGCGGCAGACAGAGGCUCCCCCGCGCUGAGCAGCGACGCGCUGGUGCGCGUGGUGCUGGUGGACGACAACGACAACGCGCCCUUCGUGCUGUACCCGCUGCAGAACGGCUCUGCGCCCUGCACCGAGCUGCUGCCCAGGCAGGCCGAGGCGGGCUCCCUGGUGACCAAGGUGGUGGCGGUGGACGGCGACUCGGGCCAGAACGCCUGGCUGUCGUACCAGCUGCUCAAGGCCACGGAGCCCGGGCUGUUCGGCGUGUGGGCGCACAACGGCGAGGUGCGCACGGCCCGGCUGCUGAGCGAGCGCGACGCGGCCAGGCACAGACUGCUGGUGCUGGUCAAGGACAAUGGCGAGCCGCCGCUGUCGGCCACCGUCACGCUGCACGUGCUGCUGGUGGACGGCUUCUCCCAGCCCUACCUGCCGCUGCCGGAAGCGGCGCCGGAGCGGGCGCAGGCCGACUCGCUCACCGUCUACUUGGUCAUCGCGCUGGCCUCGGUCACCUCGCUCUUCCUGUUCUCGGUGCUCCUGUUGGUGGCGGUGCGGCUGUGCAGGAGGCGCAGGGCGGCCUCGGAGGGCCGCUGCUCGGUGCCUGGGGGCCGCUUUCCGGGCCACCUGGUGGACGUCAGCGGUACGGGGACCCUGUCCCAGAGCUACCAGUAUGAGGUGUGUCUGAUGGGAGGCUCAGGGACAAAUGAGUUCAAGUUCCUGAAGCCAGUUAUCCCCAAGUUUCCUCCUCAGGGUACUGGGAGGGAUAUGGAGGAAAGCCCCACAUGUAGGAAUAGCUUUCCAUUCAGUUAA